AUGGUAGAAGCCCAAAAAUGGUUAGAGGAGAAUUAUCCCAAAAAUGGGACUUGUGUGAGAGAAAAAGAAAGUUGGCAAAAAGAAUUAGAAAACCACAAAGACUUUGGUAAAACUAGGGAAGAAAUAAAAAGGUUGGAUACAGGUAAAAUAGGUCUAGAAGGAACUCUAGAUUUAUCUGAUUUUUCUAAUUUAGAGGAAUUAUUUUGCUUUGCUAAUUGUCUCACUAAUCUAAAUAUAAAUAAUUGUAAGAAAUUAUGGGUAAUUAAUUGCUCUAAUAACCAACUUACUACUUUGGAUUUAAGUAAUUUAGAAGAGCUAAAAAUGCUUUUGUGUUCUAAUAACUACCUCACUCGAAUAAUUUAUCCCACUAAUCCAAAAAAAAUAACUGAAUUAUAUAUAACCAAUAACAACCUCUCCCCCCAAGAUCUUUCUAUUUUUAAGAUUGGUAAUUCAGAUAAAAACAAAAUCAACCAAAAUAUUUAUAAUAAUUUUCAAGGAAGUUUAGAACCUUUAAAGGAUUUGAAUAGAUUGAGAGUAUUAGAAAUUCCCAAUACUGAUAUAGAUAGUGAAGCAGGUUUUAGUAAAGAACAAACCAAAAAAAUCUUUACAGAAUUAAAUAAAGAUACUGAAUUAGUUAGACCAGAUUUAAGGGAAAAAUAUUGGUCUUUUGGAACCUGUAAAGAAUGUAAUCAACCUAAUACUAAAAGAAGUAAAGUGUGGGAUGGUAAAAAUGGAGAAUACAAAAAUUACAAAACAGUAGCCCUCAAAACCCUCACUAAUUCCCAAAACAUGAACCAAGACUUCCUCCAAGAACUAACCCUCUACAAACUAUUCAAAAAAAGUAAUUAUAUAAUGGUUAUGGAAUAUAUGAAAGAAGGAAAUUUAAGAGAGUUUUUAAAGAAGAAUAAGGAAUUAAAGUUUUAUGAUAAAGAGAUGCCUUGA